ACGUCUGGCCGUGCCGGCCGGGAGGGGACGGGUAGGAGGAGGUGGCGGGCGGCCCCGGGCGCGGCGCUGCCUUCGAUGGCCCAACCCCCCUAUUCACGAGCCGCGGCCGUGACUCUGCCCGGUGACGUGGGGAGGCCGAACUUUACGUAACCCACCCGGCGCCCCACGCGUGCCGGCACAGGGCAUACCUGGGGCCCGGAGGCCCAGGCUUGGGGAAGGGGCUCCAGUCACGGGGUUGCCCACGGGCCGCAGCCCACCCUCACCGUGCGGCUCUCUAACUCAGUUACUGCCAGUGAUAGUGACCCAGUGUGUGUGGACGCGGCCUGCCUCUGUCCCAGGCCCCUUGUGACCAAGGGCUUACCCUUGAAAGAAGGCAGUAGGGAGCUUGGGACGGAGCCAGAGGUCAGACGCCUAUGCUCAGGUCGGGGCUGGGGACUCAGAAGGCAGGGUCAGGGCUCAAGCUCGAUUCCCUGUGGGUUGGGAGUCCCCACCAAUUCUGGAAUGAGCCCAAACUGAGACACAGGAGACCUGAGUUCUAGGCCUGGCUCUGCCGUGGCUUGCUGACCUUGGAGAAGCUUGUGCCCUGCUGGAAAGUGGGAUGGCAGUACCCGCUUCAUCUAGUAGUUGGGGAGAUCAAGAGAGGUAUGAGACCUGAAGAGGAUGGCAGACUAUGCGGUGCGGUGCACACCGGUCUCCAAGUUGUUUUCAGCCUCCUGUCUCCUCCCAGGAGCUAGGGGUGCUAACCUAUGAAGCUGAGGCUCGGCCAGGGACAGUGAUAGACCCACAUCCCCGGAACUAGGUGAUCGCGGUGCAGGAACCAGGUGUGCCUUCGCGGGAUCCAUGCCUUGAGGCCCAGGAGCGCCCCGCCGCCAGCAUGCCGUGGGACGCGCGGCGGCCUGGGGGUGGCGCGGACGGCGGGCCUGAAGGCCCGGGCGCGGCGCGCUCGCGGGCGCAGAAGCAGUGCCGCAAGUCGUCGUUCGCCUUCUACCAGGCGGUGCGCGACUUGCUACCCGUGUGGCUGCUGGAGGACAUGCGCGCCAGUGAGGCCUUCCACUGGGACGAGCGCGGGCGCGCCGCCGCCUACUCGCCUUCUGAGGCACUGCUCUACGCGCUCGUGCACGACCACCAAGCGUACGCGCAUUACCUGCUGGCCACGUUCCCGCGGCGCGCGCUAGCACCGCCCAGCGCCGGCUUCCGCUGCUGCGCGGCUCCCGGGCCGCACGUGGCGCUGGCAGUGCGCUACAACCGCGUGGGCAUUCUGCGCCGCAUCCUGCGCACCUUGCGCGACUUCCCGGCGGAGGAGCGGGCGCGUGUGUUGGACCGGCGUGGCUGCAGCCGCGUGGAAGGCGGUGGCACGUCGGUGCACGUGGCCUGCGAGCUGGCGCGCCCCGAGUGUCUCUUUCUGCUGCUGGGCCACGGCGCCUCGCCCGGCCUGCGCGACGGCGGCGGCCUCACGCCUCUCGAGCUGCUGCUGCGCCAGCUGGGCCGCGACGCCGGGGCCACUCCCUCCGCCGCCGGAGCCCCGGCCUCAGCUGCAGGGGAGCCGCGCCAGCGCCGCCUGCUGCUCUUGGAUCUCCUGGCGCUGUACACCCCAGUGGGCGCCGCCGGCUCGGCCCGCCAGGAGCUGCUGGGCGACCGGCCGCGCUGGCAGCGGCUGCUGGGUGAGGACAAGUUCCAGUGGCUGGCGGGCCUGGCGCCGCCCUCGCUCUUCGCGCGCGCCAUGCAGGUGCUGGUCACCGCCAUCUCUCCAGGCCGCUUCCCCGAGGCCCUGGACGAGCUGCCGCUGCCCCCAUUCCUGCAACCGUUGGACCUCACGGGCAAGGGCUAGCAUCCUACGCGCUGGAUUUUGGGACAAAACUAUUUUUCAGAGCGUUGUACCCGGCACUUUAUAUAUAUUGAUCUCUGUACAGCACAAUCUCUGACUCAUCUGUCGCAUGCAUUGGGGGCUGGGCUUGGACGGUCAGGUGAGUUCCAAGUGGCAGGUUUUCUGGGUGCAGCUGGGCUCGGGCCUUCAGCUUGCUGUCCAUCCCCGGAAAGGAGUGAGGAGCAGCCUCCCACCUUGAUCUAGAGCCUUGGACAGGUGUGUGUCCCAGAGCGGGUGACAGCUGAGUGCCGCAGGAGCUGGGUAGGUGCAGGGGUGGAGACUGGCAUGUCCAAGCAGCAGGACAGCGUGUCAAAAGGCUUGGAAACCAAUAGAACGAGCUCUGCAGCGUAGGAUUCUCGCGGAAGGUCCUGUGCGAUCAGCCUUUUGCACCCUGUGGACUCCGGGCCAGGGAGGGCACACGGGGCUGGUAGGCCUGUGGUGGUUGGUGUUGAGGCAUGACCAAGUUGUACCUGGUAUCCACCACCCCUCACUGACCACCAGCUCCUCCUUGGAUAUCACUCCCCUGACAGGCAGCCCACCCAGGCCUGAAUUUGUCCCUUUCGCCCUCUUUUGCUCUUCCCCCACGACUAAUGGGCACCAAGUCUUGCUGCUUCUGCUUCUCACCUCUGCGGUGGCAGCAGGCCCUGGCUCCAGCUGCAUGUCGGUCAGUGGAGUUAGAUGUACCUUCCUCCAGGCCUGCUCUCUGUCCAAGCCCAGAGUGGGCUGGGUGGGCUCCCUGGGUGGCCCCCAGUGGGUACUAGGUGGUGUCUGGGGUUAUUGAGGGGUGGUUCUAUCACGGUAGGGACAGGCUUCUUGCCCCAGCCUGGAGAGCUAUUUUCUUCAGGAAGGUUCUGGAAAUGGAGGCUUGUUCAUGAAUUCACCACGACUCCAGGCUGAGAGGCUGGGUCUACGCCCUCAGAGCCGAGACCAGGGAGGAUGGCCAGGCUGCCCUGCCCGGGAAUUCUGCUGGGCCGUGAAAUUCAACCCGCACCAACGUGGGCAGGAGGGCCACAAUGUCCUGCCAGGAGCAGAGGGCUGAAGGUCUGCCGAAGGAAGAGCCACCAUCCUGGCGGGGGGCACCUGCUGCCUGCCCUGCCCCCAGCGUGCCUGUGGGGAGCACACCUGGGCGUGGAAGAGUCCAGGGUCGUGGGCCACACAAGAGAGGGUGCGGAGAGGCCUGGACAGUAGGAAGAUCUUGCCUGGAGUCCUGGAUCCGCCACUCUGGGGGUGACCUUGGGUAAGCCUGUACCUUGGCCCUCAGUCUCCCCAUCAACGUUUUUUCAUUCAGGAGGUUUUGGGCCGUCUUCAGCCACCCUGCCAGCCCUGAAAAGGAUGUGACUUCUGUUUCUGGGAAGUGUGUGGUGUGUUAGGUGGGCACACAGCCCUGGUUGUGGAGAGGGAAGGAUAGAGAGGGAGCAUAGUGAUGGAGCCCAGACUGUAGGCUGGAGUGAGGGCUCCACUUCCCUGCUGCUGUGUGUCCUGGACCAGUGCUUCUGAGCCUUGGCACUUGGGGCAGUGGAUAUUAACAUCUUUCCAAGCCCAAGACUUGGGGCAUCAGGGCCUCUGGUCCCCUGGGAGGUGGCAGGUCCUCAGAUCGGAGAUGCCAUAGGAGGGGGGAGGUACCUCUUUGGAGGAUAUGGAAGUGGAGACAGUGGCGUGGUGCAGCUGCCGUGGUUCUUAGGGGCUGGGCCUGGGGAGCGCAUGGGGCCCUGAUGCCCCAACAGCUUCUGCCUAGAAAGCCUGGGCUCCUUGCUGGGGCUGUAGACAUGCAGACUUCAUGUCCUCCCAGCUCCAGCUCUGUUCUCCAUAGGUCAGCCCCACAAUGCCAGAGGCCCAGAGCUAGUCCCCUCCAUGUGCCCCCUAGACCUACAGCUGCCCCUUUGAUGACAGCACCGUUGAGUCCCCUGGGCUGGGGGGUCAUGCAGGGGUGAGGCAGCUGCCUGUCCCCGGGACUCCUUGCCUGGCCAGGCAGGACACAGGCUUGUGGGCACGGAGAGUGGGCCCCAUGAAACCCCUUGCCAGGUGACCAGGAUGAGGCACCCAGGCUGGCCCGCGGAGUGCAGGGUGAGCCUGCCGCAAGAAUUAUGGCCACUGCAGCAGGAGGGCAGCCUGGGCCAUUAGCUCCUGAUGUCAUCCAUUUGGGUGAGGGGACAGGGAAGUCAGAGGAAGCUGGCCAGUUGCUCUCACGCAGCCUUAUGGCAGAAUGGUGCCUGAUUCCUGGUACAGCUACUCCCACUGAGUCUGCAGGGAUGUGUGGCUCAGGAACCUCCCCCUGCAACCCCCCCCCCCCGGCAACCCCCUCCCCGACCCCCACACUGGUGGGAGGAGAGGACCUAGAGGAAAGGUGCUGGGCAGAUAAGCAGCCGAGGGCGGCCCUGGGUUUGGCUUAUCAGCCUUCUGGGCCCUCCUGCCCCAGGAAGGGCAGCGAGGACCAUGGUGUUACCCCCGUCAUCCUUAUCGUCCUGGCCAUGAGCUUGCAGGACUGGGAGGGCCGGAGGCAGCCAGGGAGACAGCAGCACAGCUUUUGCCUGUUGGCAGGUGGCCUUGGUGGCUUCCCAAAGGCAGUCAUUCCACGCAGAACAAAACUCACUUUUUCGCGGGGGCAACGCACCUUGGUUCAUUUAUUUAGUUCGUUAAUUCCACCAGUCUGUUUCUAAGGGAAACAUGGCUGCAGCCAGUCCUGCCCCUGCACCCACCCACCAGGUGCCCAAUGUUCCCAAGGACCCUGAAUCCCAACUGUAUUCAGGGAUCAGCAUCUCUGCACCCCAAAUGUCUGUUAGGGAGGAUAGUGAAGGCUUAGCCCUCCUGGGCUCAUCAACAUCCAGCAGUGAGAGACCACCCCCAUCUCCCUGAGGGGACCUUCUGGGGCAGUCCGUGUUGUCUGGCUGGCCUGGGCAAGGUGGGCAGGGACCAAGGCCUUCGGGUGCCUGGGCCUUGCUGGGCUUGUUCUGCGUGCUGACUUCAUCCCGAUAGUACCUUGAUUUUCCUACUGUGACUUCCCCUUCUGUCGACUUCUUCACCAACUUUAAAAUUCCGCAUUGAGAGCAGUUUCCUAAGUUACCUCAAAUCCUAUUCACAACAAGGAUCUUCCUGGAAGUUAGGAGGAGGGAAAAGAAGUUUAGUCACAGAAGACUACUCCAUGUUUGAGCUUCUGUUUCAAGGGAAGUAAGUAACUGCUGGAGGAGCCCUGCCCCUCUGCAGUUUGUGGUUUUGCCCUGAUACUUUUCAGAUUGAGGUGUUACUUACAUGUAAUAAAAUGCACAGACUUAAGUGUA